UUAUUUCUGGUCGCUAGAACAGUGUCAUAAAGCUUUUGAAGAUGGCGAUUAGAUGAGGCGUAUAUCUGGUAUAAAAUAAGCCAAGCCGUCGGGACUUGGGAGUUGCUACAAGAUCAUCCAACUUUGACCGGCUCAUUCAUCUGGACUAAUUUUCAACAUAUAUGAAGCCUCUUUCUAGGUCGGUACGACAGUUUCCAGAAGACAAACCCGAUCAAGCCAUCAUGCCUUCCAGCAACGAUUGGAAUCAAACAGGACCAGGUAGACGAUAUCGGCCUAAACCAUUCGAUUUCAGUUACAUCCUAAGCCCGUACCCUCCAGUUGACAGCCAUCUAGCUAAUUCACUUGACAAUCUAUCCCUCGCGGAUGACAUGAUCACCGAAACCACCAGUCAAGAUGCUGGUCUCGCCGAUGAGCCUGUGAUAUGUUCCAGACGCUCGUGCCGCAAUCCAGCCCGAACAAAUCACAAGCAAUGCGGCAACUGCAUAGAUAAACACGCGGCUCAAAAAAGAGCUCGUGUUCAACAACGUCGGAACCAGGGCAUCAAAGAUCCGAUCACUGGCGAGAUAACCAAACGAUGCGCCGAUUGUGGCGUACCAGCUGUCAAGUACAGAUGUGGCCGUUGCGGUAAGAAGAAAAAUGCUUCGAACCAGGCCGUCUAUUCUAAACGGCGUGGGAAGGGUGUAUGUACGAGGUGCGGCAGGGAGAGGGACAGAGCGGGGUCCUGUUGCAAAAGGUGUCUGAAUGGUGAGAAAUCUCGCUACAACCAGAACAGGAAAUCGACAGGGUAAAGAAUAGGCUGUUGGAACAAUUAAAGUCACUACUGUGUAUAGACAGUAGGUUCUAGAGCUAGAAAUAUCAGUUCUGAA